UGAGAUAUGAAGAAUGGAGGCGAGUUGGCUUCUGGGCAUCUCUCUGUAUAGCCCCCCGUAACCGAGUCAAGCCCCUUCCUAACUCGUCCCCUCACCUCCUCCUUCCGACCAAAACCUCUAGGCGUCGCAUCUGCGCGUGUACGGAAUUGCUUGUAUACGUAAUUUCGAAGCUGAAUACUAUUAACUUUUAUUAUUUACGUGAUGGCGUCGGAGAUCGAGAUCGUGGAGGAGGUGGAAUCCAGAGAUCAGGAAAAUGCGGCGGCGGCGGCGGCAGCGAAUGAUGGAGCCGCUUCAGCCGAGGCGGCGGAGGAUGAGAGCGCGAAGAACGAUGUUUACACGGCGGCGGCGUACGGUGACGUGGAGAAGCUACAGAGAUUAGUCGAGAGCGAGGGAUGCUCAGUAUCUGAGUCCGAUGGCCUCGGCUACUACGCCCUCCAGUGGGCCGCUCUUAACAACCGCUCUGCCGCUGCGCAAUACAUAAUUGAGGUCUAAGGAACCUGUUGGAGGUAGACACUAUUAGCUUGCGUGCGUUUAUGUGAAGACAGGUAAACAUGCAUACUUGAUAUGUAUGUGUCUCCAAUCGAAAUUCUGAACGAGGGUCACUUGCUUCCAAGGGGUAGCCAGGGUUUUGUUUUUGCUUACAUGACUGGUAGUUUGUUGGUGACAUAUUGGCAGCAUGGAGGAGAUGUCAAUGCUGCGGAUCAUACAGGACAAACAGCAUUACAUUGGAGUGCAGUUCGAGGUGCAAUCCAGGUUGCAGAACUUUUACUCCAAGAGGGUGCUCGGGUAAAUACGGCUGAUACAUAUGGAUAUCAGGCAAUACAUGUUGCUGCACAAUAUGGUCAGACAGCUUUUAUUUAUUAUAUUGUAAGAAAGUGGAAUGCUUAUCCUGAUGUUCCUGACAACGAUGGGAGAAGUCCUUUACACUGGGCUGCAUACAAAGGUUUUGCUGAUUGUUUACGCCUCUUGCUAUUUCUGGAUGCAUAUCGGGGACGACAGGAUAAAGAGGGGUGUACUCCACUUCAUUGGGCUGCUAUCAGGGGUCACCUAGAAGCAUGCACGGUGUUAGUACAGGCUGGCAACAAGGAAGACCUGAUGGUGACAGAUCACACUGGUCUUACGCCUGCACAGCUUGCUUCUGAUAAAAAUCAUCGACAAGUUACCUUUUUCCUUGAAAAUGCUAGACAGUUGUUUGAAAAACGUUGUGAUGGGGACAGCUGGCUAGGAAAACUUAUGAAAUUAGGCCUUGCUCCGAUACUUUGGUGUACAGUCUUUCUGCUACUUGUAACUUACGUCCACUCAGUCAUUAUGGCUCCUAAUCUGCCAAAGUUAACAGCUGCUAGUGCUCUUUUUGCUUGGCUGGGUGUUUUCUUUGCAAUUUCUGGACUAGUUAUGUUUUACAAAUGUAGCAGCAAAGAUCCAGGUUACAUUAGAAUGAGCGCACAUGAUUCACAAGAUAUAAAGGAUGAUGAACCCUUGUUAAAGAUUGAUAUUGAUCAUCCUGCAUUGCUUGCUGGGAACUGGUCUCAACUAUGCUCCACAUGCAAGAUUGUCCGUCCUCUUCGUGCAAAGCAUUGUUCAACCUGUGGUCAUUGUGUGGAACAGUUUGAUCACCAUUGUCCUUGGGUAUCUAAUUGCAUUGGCAAGAAAAACAAAUGGGAAUUUUUCCUGUUUCUUGUUCUUGAAGUAUCGGCUAUGCUUGUAACUGGUGGAGUUGCUCUCACAAGAAUUUUGACGGAUCCUAUGGCCCCGUCUUCUACUUUUCUCUGGUUGAACUAUGCUGGCACUCAGCAUAUUGGUGCUAUAGCAUUUUUUGUUGCAGACUUCUUCAUUUUCUCUGGUGUAGCAGUAUUAACAAUCAUACAGGCUUCUCAGAUCUCACAAAACAUUACAACAAAUGAAGUAGCAAAUACAACGCGCUAUAGUUACCUUAACGAUGAAGCUGGUCAAUUCAGAAAUCCAUAUGAUCAUGGGGUUAAGCAAAAUUGUUCAGAUUUCUUGAUAAAUGGCUAUAGUGAAGACAUUGUGUAUACUGAAGAAGAAUCAGCUUCUCCCGAAGGAGAUGAGACGAGGCAUAUUGCUCAGAGUUCAACCCUUCAAACAAGUGCAGCAAGACUACAUUCUCACCAGGGCAAUGGGAAUGGGCAUGUAGUUUUGGAUGUGAAUAAGAGCACUAGUCUUCAAAAUCAUGUUCUCUCUUCUAACUGCAGUCGCCAUCUUAGUAGCAAGCUCAAAACUGGCUAUUUACCGUUAGGAUUUGGUAUUGGCCUAGGGCGAAGCAUCUUUCGCACUGCUCUAGUUUCAUGAUUAAUAAUUUUAUAUCAAUCCUUGCCGAUUGAUGUUGUAUUCUUUCGUGCAUGCCAUUGUUUUGUAAGUUCAUAAGUGUAGAUGUAAUUCAAUUAUUUACAAGAUAGUACUUGUCCUCAACUUGUGAAAUUGUCAUGGCUAUACUGAUUAUGCUGGUUAGUUAAACUUUACUCACGGGGUGUAUUCAAUCAUUACAACUUUUAA